GUAAACGCAGCAGGUUGAUGGUUCUCGAUCGGCCAGUUCGUCUGGUUUUGUGGUGGUGUUGUACGGUUAAGUGUUCCUGUACUCGAGUUCUCCGUUUGAUUUCUAUUAAAAAAAACGAUAACUCAAUAUAUAUCGAAUUGUUAAUAGAUAAAUUGUUGGUGUACAUAUAUAAAUUAAUUCGUUAGGAAUCAACAUUUUCAUGAAAAGUUAAAUGUGUCUCCUGAUGUAGUGCUGUGUAAUGUAUUGAAACGGAUAAGCUGGCAAUUAAAGGAUUUUAUUUAAAUGACGAUGAUUUUCAUCUAAAAAACUCACAAUAUCAACAAAAUUAAAUGGCUAGUGGAGAACUAGAAGUAUUACGAUGCGAGUUAAACUUGUGGUCUGGAUACUUUUGUGCUCGUUGCCGAGCUGAACUUGGCCGUAUUAUAAAUAGAGGAGCUAAUUGUCGUGCUUGCAAAGAACGGAUAUGUAUGUCUUGUAGAGAAUAUUCUAAAACCACUAAUGUACCUGAGUGGUUAUGUACUAGAUGCCAUAAAGAAAAACUAGAGUCUAUAGAGCCAGCAAAUGAAUGGAUUGUGGAUUUUUUGACUCCAGUGGACAUGAAAUACCAAAAGAACGAAACAAAACUUUGUAGAUCUCUUACAUUUAAAGAUUCAUCACCGUGGUCGGCCGUCAGAGGGUCGCCGGAGUUGCGAGCUUACAGCAGCAUGCCACGAGGUAGCACUCCGUGGACGCAAAGGAGUGCUUCCCUCGAGACUGCUGCUAUAAACUCCUCGUCGAACAAGUUACAAUCUAAAUCUAUUGCUAAUGAAGUGCCAAUAAUAAACCAUAAACCUCCUGCUACUACUGUUCAUUUGGUGGAUACUUGUGGAUGUGUUAUAGAUUUAAAGCAAAGGACUAUUACAGAUUUACCAGAUUUAAUGGAUACUGAAACAGAAGUAUUCGCUAAAAAUACAAUCAAACCAAGUUCUGGCCAAGAAAGUAAAAUUUUUGAAAAACGCUCAAGGCAAGAAACUAUUGGUCUAACCAAAAUACAAGGAGACCUUAAACAAAUUCCACCUGGUGUAACACCACCUCGAAGUCGAAGAUUUUUAAAAAGGAACCCACACUAUGAAGAAAAUUUGCCAGCUUUAUUUAGUUAUAAUGGUAGCAGUCGCGUAAAAGAAGACUAUAAGCUUGUAUUUUUAAAUGGCCCAGACUGGUCCUCGGAUGACGGUGGCGGUGGUCGGCAUACAUCUUCUAGCCUAUCGGCUGAUGAUGAUUGUGACUGGGACUACUUCAUGGCCGGCGCGGACGAUGAUAAUAACCAUCGGCAACUACAGUCGUCGACAGGUGGCGUAGAUCCUGGUAAUAGUAGUAGUAACGAUAUUAGUGACCGUAGUAGUGGCAAUGACGGUAAAGACUACAGCAACAACCAGCUAAUAACAAAUAGUGGUGGUAGUAAGCGGAGUGAAUCCGACGCACACACAACGUUCGUUCCGGUCGUGUUGCCGUUCCCCGUGUUUGUGCCCGUACCGAUAGUAAUACCGCGGGAGCGUGCGCAACACACGCUUACAGCUGCUUUUGCAAACGUAUUAUCUGAGUACUUUCGAGAUCGGGAUAGUGGGUGCGUCGAGCACCAAGGUGAUUACAAUCAUUCAAAUGUAAUAAGUGCUCAAGACGACCACAACCAUCGGAUGCCGGAACCUACAGUGGCUGACGAACGUGUGCCUCUCGCCAUGUACGCGACUCGCACUGCUAACUUAGAUGCAAAAUCAUCGCCAGCGGUAACUUCAGUCGUAAUUGAUGACAUGGACGAUGAUGGCUCUAACUUUACAGGUGGAUACUAUUCUACAUCUGACGACUCCGAAGACUCAGAUACUCAUGCCGCUAUGUCAUAUGACGUCAACAAUAGCCCGGAUGCUAGUCAAGAUGAAGACGAUGGGUGUAAUGUAAAAUUAUCUAGUAUUCUUGACAUUACUAAUACAGUCAAAUCCAACGGUACUACUUCAGAUGAAUUUUCUGGCACUGAGUCGAUGGAACAAAUUCCAGUAGAUGACACUACUAGUUCUGGAAAAUAUACUAGUUUAGUAAUGAUUACGCAAAAUGAUAAACCAUCUGUUAAUAUUGUAGUAGCAAACGAUACAACUAAAAUGUCUGACAAAGUUUUUGUUGACAAUCUUAAUGAUGGGUUCAAACUCACAUUGGAUACUACGGAGUCCUCCAAUGAUAGCGAAGUUCAAGUAGUAACAGGUGGUGAGACACUUUCAGCAGUAAUUGCACUUGAAGAAGGAUUAGCGGAUGACGAUUCUUGGGUAGAAGAUUUGGAUAGAGAUGAUUUUAAAAACGAAUCUUCGGAAGAAGGAGAAAUGUUAUUUGAAGAAGAACCUGAGUACAAGAGAUCGGAGUUAGACUUCACUCUUCAUACAAUUGUGGAAGAAAGCUGCGAAGAAAGUGAAGUAGAACCUGAGCGAAAUAACCCUACUGAAUUAGAAAAAUAUUUCUUUUUUGGACUUUGUGGUGAAAAAGAUCAAGAUGCAAGAAAUACAGAUGCGUAUUCUGAAACAAGUUCAGUUAUCAGUGAAGGUUUAGAAUCUCUUGAAAGUAUUGAGCCUCAGCAAUUAAAUUCUGAGACUGCUGGAUCACGACUAGAACGAUAUUUUCUUAGUGAAUUUAUGGGUUUUCAUCGUCCGGAUUCCGAUGGUAGUGUAGGAAGUGACAGUCCUGAACAUAGUCCCGAACAGAGAAGAAAACGUUUGGUUCGAGCUAGAGGAACGGGACGACAACACUCUUCUCUAGACAAUCUUACAGAAUCCGAACAACAAGUUGACUUACAAUUAGACUAUGAAGAUUCAUCCACUAAUUCAGAUUCAAAUGACGAUACUGUUCUAUUUGAUAAAAAUGACGGCCAAUUCGACACUGUUAAACGAGGUAAAAAAAAGAAAAGAUCUUCUGUUACGAUAUCUUCAUUAGACAUUAUAGAAGCUGAAGAAAAACUGGAUAGUACAAUUACUAUUGAUCAUAUUAAUUUUAAUGUACUAGAUGAAAAUUUACAGGAAAUUAUUGAAACUGUUGAAGAAAAAAAAAUUACAGUAAACACACCUACAGAAACUAUACAAAAACCUAGCGGUGUAGAUGGUUUAACAAGAACAGAUAGUUUUAAUAAUUGGAGCUCAGACGAGGAAACAAAUCUCAUGAUGUCAAAAAUGAGAGCAUUCUUCAAAACAAUGUUAGCUAAUCAACCGGAUCCAGAAGUACCUGGCGAAAUGAGCAAGCCGCCACAAUUAGUAAAAUUCGAAUCAGAGUUAACUAGAUUAAUGAAAACGGUACCUGGAAUUCGAGAUGAACAGGUAAAAGAAAUUGUUGAGUACUUAAGCAGUGAAGAUACAUGGAGUGACUCGUACGAUUCUUCGGAUUACACUAGCUCCGAUUUAGAAACGGGUUCCAGACUUCAAGAUGAAAAUCGAGAUACCGCCUUUGUAUAUCAAAAGUUAAUGGCAUCAUUACAGCGUAUCGAUGUACCGAGUUCUGACUCGUCAGCUUCAAGAAGCUCGCCACCCCUAGUUACCAAAGUGAUGACUCAUAUUGGUAGUCGACUAGUAGCUCUUAUGCAUGCUGUGUCUGAGAACCCAGGUACACCUCGUGCAUCUAAACACCACAGACGACCUCAUCAUGCCUAUAAAUCAUCUAUUAUAUCAACCACAACGGAAGAAGAAGACGAAGGAGAAGAAGAGUUUAAUCCUCCAUUACCCAGAUCUAAGUCACACGAUCCACUUCUUGAAGAAGCCCGACAAGAAGCAAGCGAUAACGAACGUUUUAGUUGGAGAGGUAGUUUUGAAUCAACGUUAAUGAUGUCCGACUCAAGAACACGCUUAACAUCGAGUGGUGAAAGUUGUGUGACACUUGCAGCAAAAAGACGAUCCGCAGGUGAUCUAUUAAUUAAGAGUGCCAACAGUAGUCGAGAACAAUUAGAUCGCGUGCGAUCAUGUGGUAGUAUUGGUGGUAGCAUCGAGGAUCGUAUCUGGAGAAAUGGUCGGCGACGAGACAGUGUUCCAGAUAGCGGAGAUUCUGCAGCCGAGAGCGAUGAUGGUGCUACCAAUAUGCAGUCAAAUAAUCACAAUAAAUCGACGACAUUACCUAGAAGCUUACAACAGCAUCAAUCGGUUUCAUCUUCUAGCACCAACUCGUUACCUAGACUUCCUACUACGCCAGUACCGGCACCAAGCCCAUUGAUAGGCAUUUAUAAAGCACAUAGUGUACAUCAAUUUAAUGUUAAGUCAGCACGGUAUAGACCUCCUGGAUACAAAAAUAUAACUCCUCCUCGCAGAGAGUAUAACCGUAGAAGACAGCAUGUUGCACUUCAGGCUGGUCAAUCACCACCGCCUACUGUGUAUAGUACUAAUUUUCCAUCGUCACCUUCGAUCGAAACAUCCGAAAAUGAUAGUUCAUUGUGCGGUAUCACUAGCAGUAUAAUUACCAGUCCGGGAAUUCCGGUAGAUAUUUCCACAUGUUCUUCAAAAUCUGAAGAUGAAAUUGAAAAAUCACAAAACAGAAGUAGCUCCUCAACAUUUGGCGGCGUUUCAAGAAGCGAUUCUAUGGCAUCUGUGUAUUCGGGGGCCGGAGAAGGGAGGUAUGGAACAAUCGCUGUUAGAGGUGAAGUAGAGUUUGGCCUCCAAUAUAAUUACAAGUCUGCUCAAUUUGAGAUCAACAUCAAACAUUGUCGUGAUCUUGCGGCUGCUGAUCCUAAAAGAAACAGAUCUGACCCCUAUGUUAAAGUUUAUUUACUCCCCGAUAAGUCAAAAGCUGGUAAAAGAAAAACUCGAGUUAAAAAACACACUAUGAAUCCAAUUUUUGAUGAAGUUCUCAAGUAUAAUUUAUCAUUAGAAGAGUUAAAUAAUCGCACACUCUGGCUAAGCGUAUGGCACUCUGAUAUAUUUGGGCGUAAUAAUUUUCUUGGCGAAAUUCGCAUUCCAUUAGAAAACAAAAUAUUUGAUGAUCCCACUCCAAGAUUGUUCCCACUUCAAGAACGGACUGAACCUUUGGAAGACUUUUUUGUCAGUAACAAAGGUGAAAUAGUUGUCGGUUUGAAGUGUAUACCACCAGAUUCUAAUUCUAAAAAACGUACAAAAGGAACUUUUCUUUUAUUAAUAAAAGAUGCUAAAAAUCUGCAAGCUGUAAAAUCAAGUGGAACAUCAGAUCCAUUUUGCAAAAGUCAUUUAUUACCUGAUAAAGGGCGAAAUUCAAAACAAAAGACUAACGUUGCUCGUAAAACGUGUAAUCCAAGCUGGAAUCAAACAAUUACGUACCGAGAUGUUUCACCAGAAGAGUUGGCUGAGAGAAGUCUUGAAUUAACUGUAUGGGAUCAUGACAGACUUGGAAGUAAUGAGUUUAUUGGUGGCGUCCGACUCUCAUUGGGUUCAGGUAUUUACGAUAGAAAAUCAAUGGAAAUUGAUUCCAAUGAAAAAGAAGUUGCAUUAUGGCAACGUAUGUUAGAUAGACCUAAUUUCUGGGUCGAAGGAUGCCUCACUUUACGACCAUUAUUAGAAAUUACGAGCAAAAAUUAAAAUUAAAAAUAAAUCAAGAUAUUGUGUUCUUUGAAUAUGUUGUUUAUAAUUUUUUACUUUGUGAUAUAUUUAUAUGUAAAAUGUAUUGAGUAUAUAUACAUAUUUAUUUUUAUAAUUUGAAGAGUAUCUGUGAUCUGUAAUUUUGAUCGGGUUAAGCAAAUGAAGACAGUUAAAUAGUUUUCUAUUUGUGUAAGAUUAUUUGUCAUAUAUCUUGUGUAUCUUUUUUGUAUACUUGCGUGUAUUUUGUUAUUUAUUUAUUUUGAUAAAUUUGAAAUAUUUUUAUCAUAGAA